UCCAGUCUGCAGUUAGAUCCUUCUCCAAAAAUGGGAGAAAGAGACAAUUUUCUUCAAGAGGUGACAAAAAUGUGUAACGAAGCUAAAGAAUUACCAGAUGACAAGUUGCUUUUCACUUACAAUGGGUUGCUAUACCCCACUAUAAUGUGUAGACCGGCCACUUUUCAGGCAUUGAAGUCUUUUGAGGCCAGAGAGGAUGAUCUACUGGUGGUAACUUAUCCAAAAUGUGGAAGUAAUUGGACUUUGCAACUGUUAGGACACAUGGUAAAAUGUGUCUACAAUAAAGAAAUACAACCAACAAGUCAAAGAAGAAUAGAAUUUGGAGCUCCAGACAAAUUUCAGAAACUAAAAGAGGAAUCCUCACCCAGAAUCUUGUCAACACAUUUACUAUAUGACAACAUCCCGAAAACAUUUUUUGCUAAGAAAGUAAAGAUUCUAAUGGUUUCUCGUAAUCCUAAAGAUACGGCUGUGUCACUUUUCCAUUUUUAUAAUAACAACCCUGUGCUCCCUAAAUGUAGUUCAUGGGAUACAUUUUUCCAAGACUUCAUGACUGGCAAAGUUAUAUGGGGAUCCUAUUUUGAUCAUGCCCUUGAAUGGAACAAACACAUUGAUGAUGAAAGAAUUCUUAUUGUCACAUUUGAAGAAAUGAAGAAGGAUUUGGAAGCUGCCGUGAAGAAAAUUUCUAAUUUCUAUGGGUUUAAUCUGACUGAGGAGCAGAUUCAGCAAAUAACUGAAAAGGGGACUUUCAAAUCAAUGAAAGAGAAAUCCAAAGAAACACAUGGUGAAAUUGGAAAUAUUUUCUUUAGGAAAGGUGACGUUGGAGACUGGAAAAAUCACUUCUCAGAAGCUCAGAGUCAAGAAGUUGAUGCAAAAUUUGAAGAAUGUUUAGCAGGAACAAAACUAGGAGAAAAACUGAAUUAUAAUGCGUAUUGUAAAAUGUAAAAUGCCUAUCUGUAGAUUGCACAAUAAAACAUUUUUUUCAGGGAUCAAGUCCUACAAAAAUAAGUGUGGGAACUCACCAAGACUUCCACCCCCCCUCGCAAUUAAUAUAGUUUUAUACACACACACACACACACACUAUAUUUAUAUGUAUAUAAUCUAUACACUCUGGUUAAUGAAAGCCAAUUAAAACCAAUGGGCUGAGUGGUUACCUUUGAGCCUGAGGAUGGACACCCAUGAUUACAUUUUUACAUGUCAAGGGUGAUUUUUUUUAUUUGUAGUUUAGGAUUCAACUGAUUCUGAAUACUGAGAAGUCAGGCACACACUUUUUAAAACAGAUGAAGGGGCAUUUGUAUAUAGAUGAUGUUGAAUAAUCCAAAAAGCUAAGAGCCUUACUCAAAUUUUAGGAGAUGUUACUCCCUGGCUCUCAGGGUGUGUAAAGGUCUGUAAUAUAAACAUCUGAGUGCGCUCACGCUACAAUAAAAAAAAUAAUGAUAAUGUGAUUUAAAGUAAAAUUAUGGUCACAAUGA